AUGAAACUUGCAGUUGCUGUAUUGUCAUCGAUCUUGCUUGCUUGCUCGGUUACUACAGCCAACCCAGUCAAUCCCAGUGCAGCUAAAAGUGCCGAAUCUAGCACUUCAGCCGCCAUUCCCACUGCAACUACAAGUACUGAAUCUGAGUAUCGGACAAUUUCUUAUGAAGAAGCUGCAAAUUUAGUUGAUCUUAGUCAACUUUCAGAGAGUGAUGUAAGCUUAAUCGAAGGAUACCUACAAAUGGAUCGAGAACAUGAAGAAAUGGAGAAAGCGUGUGACUUGGCCGGAUCUGAAAAACUUCAUCAACAAGAGUUGAUAAAACAGCUGAAUAAGAAAUAUUCGACGCUGGUGCAUAAAUCUCAACACAACAAUAAUGAUCCAGCGUAUGAAGAAAAGGUUCAAAGUUUUAAACUGAAGCUUCAAGAAGAAAGAGAAAAGCUUGAAGAGCUUGAAAAAAAGUAUCGGAAAUUCAAUCGCGACUUCCUUGUCUUUAGUUUGCAAACGUAUGCAAACAAAGCAGAGCUUGCAGAGCGUUUUUUUGGAGAUGAUCUGGAUAUGGACUUACUUUAUCUUUACGUGGAAUUUCUGAAAUUCAAUCCCAGUUUUGUUGAAAAUAUCUACAAAUCUCUCACUCUCCGACUAAACAAACAGCCAGGAUCCGAGCAAGCCUCCACUAGUGGAACCCAGAGUUCAUCACAACAUCAUGAAAGUCCAUCAUCAAGUAAAACAUCUACAGUCCAACCCACUCAAACAUCAUCCAGUACACAAGGGUUUUUUUCUAGUUUAUGGGAAACUUUUUUCGGAUCUUCUCGUACACAGGACACUCCCAAAUCUAAAAAUGAGCCCAACCCAUUUUCGAAUCCGUCCAACCCUGAUGAUUCAGAUGACUCAUUUGAUUGA